UGCUAGCUUAGCCUUAGCUUCAUUCUUGUUACGCUAUGUAUAAUUUCUCUUGGAGAUAUUAGGCUCGAAGGACAGAUAUUUUCAUGCUUUUGGUGCAUUUCAUCUCAGAUUAUUUUGAAGCUCGGGUGUGUGGGUGUGUGUGACCUGAAAACAAGUCAAACAGGUUGGACUGAAGUCCGCGGAGUGGCUCGUAACAGCGGCAGUGCUUUUGGGAACUGGGGAGGCCGGUGUUUUUCAGUGCGUUCAGCCUGGGAAUCUGUUCAUUUUAAAAAUCCGACGGCGACACUGUUUGUUAAUGAAACCAGAAAAGACCAGAGAGAACCCAGACGUGGUUCAACAAGCCGCAACAUGACAGUGGAUUCCUUCAGCGUGAUGAACAGUGUGCGUAAGACCUGGAGCUGUUAAAGGGAGCCAGCAGAAGACGGGGACGUUAAGUUAGAAGGAUAUAAGUUAGUCACAGACAUGUCUUUGUUCUUUAAAUUAAAAAGCAAAUUAUUUUUUGACUAUUUUUGCGUCUUGCGCGCACAGACGUGCCCACAGAGGGCGAUGCUGGUGGCACUGUGGCGCACAGGACUGGUGCUCAGCUUCCUCAGUGUCUGCGCCUGUGUGGAGCAAGACUGUGUCCUUGGCAUAGUGGGAAGGCCGGUCUCAGUGCCCUGCUUUUACCCUGAAUUAUUAACCCAUGUGAAUUUUUCCAUUGAGUGGAGGAGAGAUGAUGAAGUGGUGCUCAGGUCAGAGUGGGAAGAGGAUGUAAAUGUGGGGGGAUGGAGCAAGAACAGCGCAAAACUCUCCUCUGACGCUGCACUGACUGGAAACUUGUCUCUGGAGCUGCCUGCAGUCGAUCCAACAGAGGAAAAAGUGUUUUAUAGACUAUUCCUCAUUUCAGGGGAGAAUCAAAGUGCUGCCCUGUGCACCGUGUGCCUGAGAACAGCAGCCAGUUUCAGCUCCCCACUGCUGCAGAGGGAAGAAGCAGCGCCAGCAGAUGGGACGACCUUCCUGUGUCACUCCAGCGGAGGUUUUCCUGAACCUGCUGUUUACUGGCUCAUCAAUGACACAGAGGAGCCCCCUGAAGGCUCAGUGAGGACCCUGGCAGCAUCGCUCCCUGACUCCCAUCUCUACAACAUCACCAGCCUCCUGACGGUCAACGUCUCCAAAGACUCCAGGGUGUCGUGCAUCAUAGAGAACAUGUCCAUGAACCAAACCUUGACCUCCACGAGCUACGGCGUGCAGGGCAGCCCGAUGAUCCGGCGAGCAUCAGAGGGCAUGUGGAUCUUCAGCACAGCUCUCUGUGUGGUGGUUGGCCUCAUGGUGGUAGCGGGAGUGGCCUAUCAGAUCCACCUGGACAGGAUAAGUAAGAGGAGGAAGGAGGAAUACCAGCACCAACGCCAGAACAGAGGAUACAGGAGACGACAUCUGUACGAGAAGGAGGCCGAGGCCAUGAAGCUGCAGUCGAAAGAGACCGACGUUUAAAACCACAAACUCUCAACCGUCACUUUUUCAGCCAACAACAGGCAACAGAGCACUGAUUUGUAAACAUUAACCACUGGGUUGACUAUUUAAUACGUGUGUGUGUGUGU